AUGAUUCAAGGUGCAUCAAUGCCUACGAUAGAUGAUGAGUUAGGGGUAGUCAGCCCUCGCUCGGCAUUCAUUGUUCGACUAGUCGUGCGUUUUUAUAAUGGCUUUCUACUCUUUGUAGCUUGGUUGGCGAUUUUGUCUCUAGGGAUGACAACCUUUGGCCUAUCCCAACCGGACAGCUUGAGUGGCCUCGAGUUCACGGCAGCAGCUCUACUGACCAGUACCGCAAUCACCGCGAUCGUCGCAGUCGCCAUCACUACCAUGCUUCAAUUCACUCUCCGAUCGAUAAAGGGUCAAUACGAGAGGCUGGAUCUUAUAAUGUCUUGGGUGCCUUUGUUCUUGCUUGAUGUCGUCAUACUGGAAGCCAUGGCGGGCCUGUUGCUUUGGUAUACCAACAACUUCCCAAGCGAACUCGUCGCGUUCUUCGCUUCAGAAACACUGGUCUUGCUCAUCACUAUGAUCAUAGCAUCUAUUUGGGUUAGGAGAAAGUUUAAAACGCUGAUCAGCAUGGCCUAUCUGAACACUGAUGAUGUCGAAAGGCUAGACUGGAACGAUGGACCUGAUACUCCGGAGUCCAUAUGCUAG